CCGAAUGAGACAGAUGUCUCUGGGGUUAUUGCAUGACAAUCAAAACAAAACUAAGCACUGCAUCUGUGAAGCAGCACCGUGAUCUGCUGGAUAGAUAUUUGUUUGUAAUGCCUGGUUUAGGAUCAAAGAAGAAAGACUAUGUGUCCAGACCGGACAGAUCCAUCGGGGACUUGCCUCAGCUGAGCAAUGAAAUGCAGCUUAGCAUCAUGAACAGGGUCAAAAAUGGAGAGAUAUCCAUUGAUGACGCUCUGAAUCAGGCAAGAAAGGAAAGAGAGCAGCUCCGCCAGGAACAGCCUGAGAAAAGUUCAACACAACAGUACAACUUCAGCGUUCAUAAACAUGGCCGCUACAUGUGGCAGAAGCGGGUCCUACAGAUUGAUUUCAACACCAAACUGCUGUGCAGCAUAGAGAGAGGCAUCGUCAAACGCCAGCUGCCUUUCUCCAUUGUCAAGAGCUGUGAUGAUGGGGUUGGUUCCAGGUUCUCCAUUUCUUUUAAAGGACACCAUGACUAUGAACUGGAGGCGACAUCGCUGGAGGACAAACACAAGAUGAUGCAGCUUGUGAAUCAGAUAAUUCAUGGAAACAUAUACAGCGGUUCUGAAAGUGGGAACUCAGAAUUGCAGCAGGAGCCUCAGGCAUCACAGAGCCUUAAAGAAGGAGUAUUGUUACUGCACAGAGGAGGACUAGCAUCAUUCAAAUGGGUGAAAUACAAAGCUCAGCUCCACCCAGGGGAGCUAACACUGGUCUCACUCAGGCAGCGAAGCAACGGAGAUGGCGACGUGACAUCCUCAGUUCCUCUUUCCACUGUAAUUCACUUAUCAGACGGUGACACCAGUGUACAGAAACCAUAUGGCAAUGACACAUUUGUUCUUAUCACCCACAGAAAUGAGUACCAGUUUAAAGUCCCCACACAAGAGGAAGCAGUUUCUCUGGGCAGUGUGCAAACGGAGCGUGAUGCCUGGGUCAAAGCCAUCCACAAUCUGUGUUCACAUUGGAAAAGGAAGUCCAGAUCUGAACACAUGUUUGCAGAAUCAAAUAGCUUACAACAUCUCAGUAUACCAGAAGAUGAUGAUGACAAUGACACUGAUCUCGAGGACAGUGGUAGAUUUGCUGCUGAAAAUUUUGUUAAAGAGGACGAUAAAAAUUCAGAUUCCACAUCCAGAGAUAGAGAGUGCUCAUUAUCUGAGGAAGGUCUGAAUUCUCCCUCAGCUGAUACAAAACCAGUCGCAAAACCCCGCAUUGGCAAGGCUGCCAUUCAAGCUACUCCUGGAUCGAACAAUUUGAGUCCCCUCCCGUCACCAACCUCUCCGUCUGCCUCAAAAUUACCCAUGUCCCCUCCACCCUCAACCUGCCAUGCUGGCCUCAUGUCCUUUCCUUCAGGCCCAGAGCCUCAAAAACCAGCCUCGCCAGAUGUGAAAGUACCUCCACCAACGUUCAUCCCACCUCCACCACCGUUCAUCCCACUUCCACCACCUCUGCCUGUUAAGCGAAGUACUCUUAAAAAAUUCCGGACAAAGGCUUUCCACUGGGACCUCAUUGGGCAUGAGAAGAUUGCAAAAACAUUUUGGGUUCAGGAAAAGAGCAAGAAGCCUGAAAUCGACACAUCACGGUUGGAUGAGCAGUUCACUGUCAUAGACCUGGGAUCAUUUGGCACAACAGACUCAAGUUGUUCGCAGCACAUCAUGCUCAACAAGAAGAUUGCACACAACUUUAACAUUUUCCUCAAAAGUUUUCCGGUGCAACCAGGAGAGCUGAAGGACAAACUGUUCAUUAUUAAUGAGGAAGAUGGAGGUCUGUCUGAUGAGCACAUCACCUCUCUGAGAAGGUACGUCCCCACUUUGGAGGAUGUGGAGAUGUAUAAAUCCCACAAAGGUCCAGUUUCAGAGCUGCAUAUUGUGGACCAGUACAUGAUGGAGAUGUGCAACAUCUCCUACGUGAGCACGCAACUCGACCUGCUUUUGACGCUGAGAGAGCUCCCGAUCAGCAUGAAAGACCUGCAGCCUCUGAUUAACCAGAAGAUCAGAAUGUGCAAGCAGCUGUGCAACUCCAGGUCGUUUGUUUCUGUGUUGGAGUACCUUCUCACUAUAGGCAAUUACUUGAAUGAGAACGCCGGAAAGGAAAAGGCCAAGGGAUUCCGCCUCUCGUCCUUAACCAAACUUUCUCAGCUGCGUGGGAGGGACAAGAAUUUCACCUUGCUUCAUGCCCUUCUGGAGCAGAUCAUGUUGCAGGAACCGGGCCUGGCCACUUUUACCCAGGACUUGGCAGAAUUUGAAACUGUCCCUGGAGCUUCCAUCAAAGGCUUGACCGCAGAAGUGGAUGUGCUGAAGAACGAAGUGCAGAAAGUACUUCAAUACAGAAAAACCAUCAAGAAGAAAAACAUUGCAGCUCAUCACCCAAACUUCUCUAAAGAUCUUAAGAUGGCAAUAGAGAAGUACAACGUGCAACUCGAGUCGCUGACGAAGACUUGUGAGGAGAUGAAGAAACUCUACUCUGUCAUACUGGUUAAAUUUGGAGAACCACAGGAUCAGGACUCCCAGGAGCUGUUCGGGACGAUCUGUCAGUUCCUCCAUGACUUUCAAAGGGUGCACGCUGAAACGGCUUGAAUUGAAACUGUGAGGGCAUAAAUUAGUGAGGCGGACAUUUUCCGGGUUUUAUUUAAUCCCAUUGUGGUAUGAUUGAUGUCAAAGCUGAUUUUGUACAACUACCAGUUUGGAUUGUUGAUUUUUAACAUUUUUAAUGGUCAUACAUAUGUAUACCGUCUUCUUUAAAAGUUGAAAAAGUAAAUGAAUGCCGAAGAAGACUCUUGAGAAAUGCAAAAACAUUAUAUUUUAAUUUUAUAACCUCUUCUGCAGCAUUUCAAAUCAUCAUGAGCCGAGAGAAAUGUUCCUUUGUUACAGCUUUUUAAAGAGAUCCUUAAGUUCCCUUUGUGAUAUUUCCUAUCAUGUGCGCUCAAGAUUAAAAAGCUGUCAAAAGAUGAAAAUUCAAGGGCUCUGUAGCUUAGUGAUAGCAGAAAAUAGUGAAUCAUAUUCAAGGCUGGCGUCAGCAUGUGAAUCACUUAUCAAGACAUUUUGACAAUGUUUGUGCAGGGAUUAUUGUUGGAAGGAGACCAUAUGAGGGAUUUUAAGAAAAUCUGGAGUUUUGUCGGACAUUUUUAAGAUGCUGAAGUUGGUCAAAUAUGACUAGUAUAAAAGCCCUUAACUAUACAAAUCCAGCCAGAAGCAUCUCUGUCAUGAAAUCAAGUUUUUUUUCAUGCUUAUGUUAAAUGUAAACAUAUAAAUGAAAGCACUAAGCCAGUAACACAAAAAUAAAUAAUGCAAAAAGAAGAGACUUGAGUUUCAAUGAUCCCUAAAAACAGAAUUGUCAAUUAAAAUAAGUCAAUGUCACGCUGACUACCCUCCACAUUCUGCUCAUCGUGACAUUAAAAAUGUUUCAGUCAGUGUCUCAUUUACUGCAGACAACACUCUGAAGAGUCUUAGUCUGGAUAAACAGGCCUUUUGACCAUCAAGCUAACAAAUAGUCAGAGUGCAGCAGAUUCCUAAACAGAUUAGUUCCUUUUUAAAACAACCGUAAUCAUGAAAAACAGAAAAUUCAUAGCUUUUAAUGUAAUAAACACUAUAUUGAUUUUUUUCAAUUCUACAAUUAUUUAUAUAAAAAGUGAUUCAAAUUAAUACACAAGUUGGUCUGUCAUCCAUGAGCAAGAAUUUUCCAAGCAUAUCUUAGUCUAUUUUAGUCAUUUGUCCCUAUACAGUUUUACAUUGGAGAGGGAUUUACUCAGUUCCAUCACAUCACACACACACACACACGCACACACGCACACACACAGCCACACUGACAACUAAGGUCAAUUUGGAGGGACUAUUUAAUCUGACAUGCUUGUUUUAAUAUUCUCUACUCAUUCACAUGCAGAACAGGCAGACUUUUGAGAGAAAAAGGCUCCAGCUGAGAUUUGAAUAAACCUUCUUCUUGCUAUGAGGCAACAGUGCUUCCUGUCACUCCAUGGUGCAAGUCCUUCAGGUGAAAAAUCUAUUUCAAAACAGAACAAAACAAAACACUGCUCAUAUAUUUUAUUCUGAUUUUGUUUUGUUUUACACUACAUCAGACUUACAUUAGAAGGUAAAACUGGUCAGUUAGUUUUCAAAGGUGCUGUUUAUCUUCCACAUAACUUGUAUCUAGAACACAUGAAGUAUUUGCCUGUGUUUACUCAACGGGGCAGUGUGAUUAUUUAUGUUGUGUAAUAAAAUAAUCAUACUGCUGUGCAAUACUUCUGCAGCAUACAUGCUCAAGAAAAUAUUCAUAUCAUCCUCAAUACCAACCUGUGCAAGCACAAUAAACUUAAAAAUCCUUCUUUAUUUAACCAGGAGAAACCCACAGAGUUUAGAGUCCCGUUUAAAGUGGUGACAGCAGCUUAAAAAUCCAUAAGAAACUAAUAAUGAGAGCAGUGACAUGCACCAUGAUCCAGUCAAACAAACAAAAUAAUUUAUCAUAAAUCAAAACAUUAACAUCCAAUAUCGACAAUUCUUACAUAAUGUUUCAGACUAAAUUGAUAAUUCAGCUUAUGAGAGACAGAGCAUUUAAACUUUUUUCCCAUCUCAGUCUGAGCCCUUGGCAGAGUGAGUGGAUACAGGUCAUCUGAACAACCAUAGUAAUAUUCCAGACCUUGGACGGGAGAAGGCCAGAACUUGUUUUAAAAAAAGUAUAAGCCAGUUUUUAUUUUUAUUUUUUUAUUUUUUUUUAUCUUUGCACCAAACCAAAGAGAAUGUCCAAAGUAUUACUACUACAAAGAAUGAGGAGUCAGACUUAAAUCUCAGAACUUUGUCAGUAGCGUUUUAAACAAGCAUUAUAUAACGUCCAUAUCUGUUAUCAAUCGAAGACCUAUUUUAAGAUCUAUUGCUAUUUUUAAGUAAACAAAAGCUUUAAAUGAGAACAAUAAAAACCUUAGGAAGUAGUCUAUUUUUAAUGGGAGUUUUUAUCCAAAUUGAAUGCCCUUUCAAGGAAUAGUAGGACAUUUACAAAACAGGUUUUGUUAGAUUAAUUUCAAAAGAGCCACAGUUGAUAUCACAGAGGACAGUUUCAAAUUUCUGGUGACUUCUUAUCUGAUAUUGACAACCUGGUACUAUUCUUUAAAAAAAAAAACAUUGUGACUAACAGCAUUCUAGCAAACGUUUCUGUGUAUAUAAUUUAUGAUGGAACCUUUAUUUCCUGAAGACUCAUGCAGAUAUUCUUGUUAUCUGUAAAUGAAAAUCAAUUCAUUAAUUUAAUUUUUGCUACAUUACUACAUGUGAGAGGUUCACUUGAUAUAAAUUAAUGUUUUGCUUGCUAUUUUUGUUUGCAAUUGAGCUUUUUAUUCAAAUUCUUAAGGUUAAAGUGAGGAUGUAUGCAUGAAACUUGGAGUAACUUGGAGUUAUUUAUUAUUUAUUUAUUGAACUACAAGACUUUUUGUGGAAAUAAACUACUACAUCCUGCGUCAAAGUACAUCCACAAAAUGCAUCUACUUUGGUGACAGAGAACAGUAGUAGUUCACCUCAAAUGAUUUUAAAGACACCAUCACAUUGGUAUUUCUUUGUAGGAGAUAAUUGAAAGAUUGCAGCAUACAUAUCAAAUAUAACUGCACCAGUUCUUUGAUAGAAUGAAAACUGAAAGAGACAACCUUUAGUGGUGGGUGUGAUUAUUUUGAACAUUUAGUCAGACUCGGGGAUUUUUCUUCUCCUACUAUUACAAAGGAAGCUGAGUCGAGAGCAUGGCUUUACUGUAGAAACACCAAACUUUUCCUUAGGACAGAAACGUGUUUCCAGUGAUGGUAGAAUGUGAUUUAAGGGUCUGAUGGCAUCAUGAGUGGAACCAUUUAAUUCAAAGAAAAAGUUUGACAUUUUUAUUUUAGUGAGAAAAUGACGACUUUAAUUAAAACUCAGUGUGCAAAAACUGCCAGUUCAUUAGCAAGAAAGUCAGAGAAAAGUAUCAUUAAAUGUUUCUUUCACCGAUAUUUAUCUUAAGACUUUUUUUUUUUAAUGUGUUAAACUGGCAUCCAGACGGCUAA